CUUCAGUUGUAGAAAUGGCAGCGCUGAGACAGGAGCAUCGGUUCGGACUCUCCUGUGGCAAAAUCAACAAAAACAGCCCGAAUCAGAGUCUUUAUCACGUCAAACUCACUGACACCGCCAUCCGGACCCUCGAAGCCUACCAGAACCUGAAGGCAUCCCUAUCGAAUCAGCCAGUGGUCUGCUUCAAGGGGAGCCAGGGGUACGUAAAGAUCCCAGCGCCGACCCCCGAGUCUCCAGAGGGAUUCAGAGUCUUCUCGUUUUACCUAUCCAGUGACAGCAAAGACAAGCCUCAGUCCAGCUUUGACUGCAUUCACCAGUACGUCUCAGGGGAGGGAAGAGAUCACCUGGAGAGCCAGGGCAGCAUUCAGGACAAGAUUACAGUUUGUGCCACGGAUGAUUCGUACCAAACGACACGGGAGCGCAUGUCUCAGGUGGAGAAGGACAUCUGGAGCCGCACAGCGAUUGAGAUCAAACCGGGACCAAGCAAAUGUGUGAAGGUCCAGAGGAAACCGGGUGCGGUAUCGAGCUCAGACGGCAGCAACAAGCACUCCCCCAGCAACAAGAGGACCCUGCUCCCCAGCCCCGUGGCACAUCGACCCUUAAGGGAUCGCAUCAUUCAUCUCCUGGCCCUGAAGCCCUACAGAAAACCUGAGGUGCUCCUGUGGCUGGAGAGGGAGCGGGCCAGUCCAAAGGACAAGGCUGAUCUGGCCUCAGUACUAGAUGAGGUUGGUAAACAGAAUCCUAAAGACCACAGCUACUCUCUGAAGGAUGAACUCUACAGACAUGUCCAGAAAGACUGGCCGGGAUAUCUAGAGGAGGAGAAGCAGCUCAUCCACAGGCUUCUGAUACGGAAACUUCAGCCGCUCCACAGUAGCCAGUUAAGGAGCCCGCAGUCCAACCAUUCAUUCCACAAAACUCUUGGCGACUCUCCGUCACGACUCAGUCCUGCCAAGAAUCUCUCAGCGAAACGUCCACUGACUUUGGACCCAUCCAACAUUCAAACCCCAAAAAAACAAAAGCUGUCAGGAGACCGUCUGCCCCUGCAGUCACCUUCCCGUCCAGACUGUGGCACCAACGGGUCUCGUAGCUCCUUCAGUCAUGAAAACUCUUGUGCAGACAUCAGAUCCGAGUUUGACAAAACCAGCAGCCAUCCUCAGGGGAGCCCCGACGGUCUGUGCUCGCCUCACAAACUCAGCGCGCCGUCUGCAUUUUCCAAACUAGCGAGGACAGAACCAGCUCCCACCUCUCCCAGUCCCAAGUCCCCACGCAGUGACACCCCAAGGUGUGCUGAGCAGCAGCUCACCAAUGGCCAGCAUAAAAAGAAAAAGUCUAAAAAACACAAAGACAAGGAACGGGACCGCUUGAAACCAGAUUGGAUAGAGACUAGUCCGGAUCUGAAGCAGAACCAAGAAAACCUCAAAGCCACCGACCACGAUGGAGAGAAAACGCCUGUUAAUCGAACCUCAGCAGAGGAACUGCCCGAUUAUUUAAUAAAAUACAGCGCCGUAACAUCGCUGGAGCAGCGCCAACAGUACAACGAUGACUUCUGUGCCGAGUACGACGAAUACAGAGCUCUUCACGACCGGAUCGGAGCGAUCACAGAGAUGUUUGUUCAGUUGGGCUCAAAGAUCAACACGCUCUCUCCGGGAACACAAGAGUACAAGCUCAUGGAGGAACAGAUACAGCAGAAGUACAGAAAGUAUAAAAAAAAGUUUCCUGGGUACCGAGAAGAGAAGAAACGCUGCGAGUAUCUCCAUAACAAACUGUCACACAUCAAAGGCCUGAUCGCAGACUACGACCGAGCACAGGGACGCUCCUAGUACCUGCCCUCCAUCAGGGCGGGACUGAACUGGACCAAAAGACUCUAAGUGGACCCAAGGACUGCCCCGCUGGGCCCAGAAGUUGCUGAGACACUAUUCACUUUACUCCUCAGAGUGUUAAUGAAUCAAGGAGCAAGUUUGUUUCCUUUUUAUUUUAUUUUUUAGUGGGCUCAGACCACCUACUCGUGAUCAAAUGUUA